GAGAGUUGUGAGUUGAGAGUGAAUCUGUUGCUCUGUUUGGUCUGAUUCAGCGCUGGAUAUAACGGAGCGUUUGUCCUGCAGGAAGGUCAGGGUCGGCUGCCGCUGGAGGUGGCGUUGAUGACCCUGGUCAAUUCGGCUCCUGCCUGCCCCAACGUCCUGAAGCUGCUGGAGUGGUUUGACCGUCCCAGACGCUACACCAUGAUCCUGGAGCGCCCGCUUCCUUGCCAAGAUCUGGAGAGUUUCUGUGAGGAGAACGGACGCCUGGAGGAGAGUCUGGCCAAGAAAGUGCUGCUGCAGCUGAUCACGGCGCUGAAACACUGCGAGAGCCGUGGAGUCCUGCACCGGGACGUCAAACCAGAGAACCUGCUGAUCUCCACAGACUCACAUGACAUCAAGCUGCUGGACUUCGGCUGUGGAGAUCUGCUGAAAGACUCGGCCUACAAACACUUUGCAGGUUGGUUUGAUCUCCCUGCAGUGAUCUGCACUCUUCAGUACGCCCCUCCUGAGUGGUUUCGGCAUCACCGUUAUCAUGCGGGACCGGCUACGGUUUGGUCAGUGGGGGUGACGCUCUACAACAUCCUGUGCAGCUGUUUCCCCUUCAGAGGCGCAUUGAGGGUCACCUCCAAAAGCAGACUGCUCUUUCCUAGAGAGCUGUCGACAGGCAAGAGACAGAAAUCAGGUCCAGAUCCAGAGUGCCGUCAGCUGAUUCGCUGGUGCCUCAGUGCAGCGGCAUCAGAUCGGCCCAGUUUAGACGACAUUGAGCGCCACCCCUGGGUGAGCAGGAGUGACACAGGAAGUGCAGAGAACAGCUUCCUGAUCACCUACAGAAAGAGCAGAGGAUCAUGGACUAAUGGCCGCCACACAAUGAAGGGUUUUGAUCCUCUGCUCCAGUCUGUGAGGGGCUCUGUGUGGAUGCUGGAGGAGUCUGAACACACAGCAGCUGAAACCUCAGCCCGACGGGCCACAGAUCAAUAUGUGUAG